ACCUUACGGGUCCCUUAACCCGGGUGUCUGUGUCCAAGCUGCCAUGAAGUGACUAAACACCGAGGGUGUUUAUUUGUCCCCAUCAGAACCCCGAAUCCCAAACAGCCAACCCUGCUACUUCGGUUCCCUCGGCUGAGUUCGGAGGCCAAGGCUGGGCGGGGCCCCGGGCUCGGGAGCCCUUCCUGUGGACGACGAGAGCUGAGGCCGGGCGCGGGGAGCAGGCGGCAGCUGCUCGGGGCUGGAGGCCUCAUGGCGCCGCCCCCGGCCCCGCUCCUGGUGCUGAGACCGGGGGAGACCGGGCCUGACUGCAAGAAGCCUGCGGCCGUGAGCUUCGCGGACGUGGCCGUGUACUUCUCCGUGGAGGAAUGGGGGUGUCUGCGGCCCGCGCAGAGGGCCCUGUACCGGGACGUGAUGCGGGAGACCUACGGCCACCUGGGCGCGCUCGGAUUCCCAGGCCCCAAACCAGCCCUCAUCUCUUGGAUGGAACAGGAGAGUGAGGCUUGGAGCCCCGCCGCCCAGGAUCCUGAGGAGGGGGAAAGCCUGGGAGGAGCUCUGAGAGGAGAUGUCCCAAACAAAAAGGAAGAGGAACCCGAGACAGGGCCAGGAGCCAAAGAAUCCAAAAAGACUCCUGGGAAGGAGAGGCCUGAAGAGCUGGUUAAAAACAAUCUUGACUCAACCAUCAGCGAAACCUCGUCAAGAGCACAGCCACCCAGGAAAGCUGCCUGUGACCAGAGCGCAGGUGCGCAGCCCCCGGUCCUGGUGCCCAGCGUAGACGCUCAGGCCAGCCAGCGGCGCCACGUGUGUGCAGACUGCGGCCGCCGCUUCACCUAUCCCUCGUUGCUGGUCAGCCACCGGCGCAUGCACUCGGGUGAGCGGCCCUUCCCCUGCCCCGAGUGUGGCAUGCGCUUCAAGAGGAAGUUUGCCGUGGAAGCGCACCAGUGGAUCCACCGCUCCUGCUCUGGGGGCCGGCGGGGCCGGAGGCCCGGAAUCCGGGCUGUGCCUCGGGCCCCGGUCCGAGGUGACCGGGACCCGCCGGUGCUGUUCCGUCACUACCCGGACAUCUUUGAAGAGUGCGGGUGAGCGGCUCCCGCUGGCUGGGCUUGAGCCUGACCUCAGCGCUAAGGACUAACUGGGCCCUGAGGGAAGCUCCUGACUCAGGGAUUUGGGACCCAAUAUUCAUCCCUUGGUUUUCCCUCAAGGAUCCCUCUAGUUUCCAAACUUGUAAAAACAAAAGUGCCUCUAAAGAUUCAAAGAGAUUAAACUUGACACCUUCUCUCCCUAGUCUUUCUUAAAAAAUGAAGAGAGUGAGAUGCUGGACUUCUCUCAAAGUGUUAUCUCAGUAGCAGGUGCAACCAAGAUCAUGUGCAAACACUGUCUCCAAAAAAAAUCGCCGCUGCUUAUCUGCAGCAGAGGUAAAUGCUAUGGGGGACUAAGGCCGAGGAGGAGGCCUCAGAUGUAGGUCAUGGUCUAGCUCCGGGUAACUGACACCAACAGGAGGCUCAGGCAGUGAAGUGGGUGGAAAGAAUACAGAAGCACCGGGUGCAGACCUAGUCUCUGCAACUUGCCCCCAGGGCAUAGCUGGUAAGUCACAUGCUUUCCCUGAGCCUCAGCUCCUUCAUCUGUAAAAUGAGGAUCAAUAAUAUCUACCUCAAAGGGUUACUGUGAAGACUGAAAUUGUAACAAGAUAAUAUGUAUAAUACAGUAAAUGUGCAAUAAACAUUUGUUGAAACACAA